AUGGCAACGACCGCCACCACCACUCCUUCCUUCCUCGGCAAUCCGAUGGAAAUCUGCCUCGUCACGCGCGACUACAAACGAACCAUCAGCGGCCUGCACGCGCUGGGCAUUGGCCCCUGGCGCUGCUACUCUUUUACUCCAUCCAACACAACCAACCAGACGUACCGUGGGCAAGCUUCAGACUUCACGCUGCGGGUCUGCUUCGCUGAGCUGUCACCAACGAUGGUGUACGAGGUCAUCCAGCCGGUCAGCGGCCCCAACAUCUUCCAAGAGUUCCUCGACCAGCAUGGCGAGGGCGUUCAUCAUAUCGCGUAUGAUAUGAAUGGGAUCCCGUUCGAGGAGAGAGUCAAGGAGUUUGAGAAGAGGGGAUUUGUCAUGUCACAGGGAGGCAGCUGGAUGGGGAGGAACCAUUUCGCAUUCUUUGAGACGGAGGAGAAGACUGGGACGUGUUUCGAGACGUAUGAGUUUCCUGCGGACUGGGACUAUCCGGAGCCGGAAUCGUGGUUUCCGCACCCGCCACAGUAA